AUGGCGACCCCCGCGUCCUUUGAUGAGCCGCUGGUCUACCGCGACCUGCGCGAGUGGCUCGAAGAACAAGAGCGCAACCCCAAGCCGCUGUCACAAUCCCUACAAAAGGCACUCAUGGACUUUAAGCGCGCCAUCGAGCCCGAGCUAGGCGAUCGCGACUGGGUGAGCCUGUUGAAUCUCUACAUCCAAGCCAACGACGGCGCCGCGCCGACUUUCACAGAGCACCCGGCCGAUGACAAUCGCUGGACUUGCACCUGCCAGUUCGUCCUGCCCGCCACAGGCCAGGAACUGUCGUUUCCCAACGCCGAAUCCGGCCUCAGCUCGCCUCCCCCGUCUUCCCCCAGCAACACCAACACCACCAACACCAACACCACCAACACCGCCAACGAAGACGACGGCGGCGCUUCUAUCUCCGGUGCCGGUGCCGGUGCCGGUGCCAACGCCGCCGCGGGUACAGGCACUACCCCCAGCUUCAGCCGCAAAAAGGACGCCAAAAAGUAUGCCGCCCGCGCUUGUGUCCAGUGGCUGAUCCGCGGCGGGUACAUGAAUGCCGACGGCGUGAGCACGACCACUAUUAGCGGGAAGGCCAAGGCCAAGGCUGCCCGGGCGCAGUCUCAGGGGCAGUCCCAGUCCCAGUCUCAGGACCAGACUCAGCCGGUGACGCCGAAGAAGAGCGGAGCGGGAGCCGGAGCCGGAGGAGUUGCGAACAAGACCCCCAAGACCAACGGCAUCGCCAACGUGAAUGGAACGAAUGGUGGGAACGCGGAGGACUACGACGAAGACCACAUCCCCCCCGCAACCAAACGCGUCGAAGACCUCUGCAAACUGAUGGGUCUCACCAUCCCGCAGUACCGCACCUCCCCUUCGCCAACCGCCUCUUCCACCUUGCCAUCUUCCACCUCCCCCGGCGCAGUCUCCCUCACCGCUGCCCGAGACUUUUUCGACGGCCGCGCGGAUUUCGGACCCGACGCGGGUCUCAAAAUCCCCGAGGGUCUAGGGGAUGUGAAGAAUGUGUAUGGACGGAAGAAUGCGACGGAGAGAGUGGCGGAGGUGGUGUUGGGGUGGUUGGUUGGGGAACAGGAGAGGAGGAUGAGGGAGCUUGAGGAGAUGAUGGGGGAGUAG